GCGGGGCGGGGCGUGGCGGCCCGAGAGCCCGCGGCGGCGGCGCUGGCCGGGCGGCUGCACUGGGCGGCGAGGCGGCGGCUCCCGGGGCGGCCCUGCGGCGGCCUCGUGCUCGGUUCGGCUGCUGGGCCCCGGCGGCGGCGGAGCGGGCGGCGGGAUGUGCUCGGCCGAGCAGCUGCCGGGCCGCGGCGACGGCGGGGAGCAUGACGAGGACCGGGCGGCGGCGGAGCGGGCGGGGAGCGAGCGGGAGCCCGGGGCGAGCCCGCGGCGGCGCGGACGGCGGGCGCUGGAGCAGCGCGGGCAGGACACUGAAGAAUCACAAGACCAGACUGGCGAGCCUAUUAGAGACGACUACAAGAAGAUGGGAACUCUCUUUGGUGAACUGAACAAAAACCUCCUCAACAUGGGCUUCACCAGGAUGUAUUUUGGAGAAAGAAUUGUGGAGCCAGUGAUUGUGAUCUUCUUUUGGGUCAUGCUUUGGUUCCUUGGCAUGCAAGCCCUUGGACUCGUGGCUGUUCUUUGCCUGGUCAUUAUUUAUGUACAGCAGUAAAAGCUGGCCGAGCAAACUGUUGCUGGACAUUUGCGAACCACCAAGGUGUGAUUUGGUGAAGUUGUGUAUUUCACUCCAUGAAAACCGAGACGCUGGCCUUGUCUCCAGUGCUGUGCAGUUUUGUGAUCCAAUUGAUGAGUGGAUGUCAUUUAAAAUUAAACUCAACUCUCGAGCGUAACGGGGUUGAAGAUACUUUCUGUAGCUGAUUUGAAACUUCUGUUCUACUACUGUCAUCUGUGCCCACUUAUAAACAGACCCUACCUACCCCCAUGCCAAAUCUUCAGUAAUACCACCAAGAUAGCCAGCGGGGGAAAUAACGGAUAUGGACCUCAGGUUGGGCACGAUAGGUCUUGGUGCAGAGCUCCACUUUAGAUAGGGAAGAGAAUGAAGCAAGGAGCUAAAAAGUCUUAACUGAAGAGUCCGUGGAGUAACCCCAUAUUGAGAAACACCCGAAUAUCUAUUGGUCCUGCUAAGCUCAAUCCAAUGUAAGUGAUAAUUACUAACACUACCUGAAUGUCUUGAUAAAAAUCAGUAAAGCCGGCACAGUUUUCUAAAGAUUGAAAAUAUUAUAUUUAUUAUGACUGGGGAAACGUCCUCUGACGUGUGACUUUUUUUAUAAUGUAGCUAACAGCUGGGCCUGUAGUCACUCAGUAUAUAUCAUUUGGAAUUUUAAACAGUUUUGGUGCUAAUUACUUUUUAUGAAUUUUACAGGUCUUACAGGCCAGGUCCAUAGUUGGCUACACCCUAUGGUAAGGGUCUAUUUUCUUAUAUUUAACAAGCUGCAUAUUUUUUCCGAGAUAGACAUUUUCAUUGUGUUUCUUUUUUCAAAACCUUAUACUUUUUUAGUUUUAUUAUAACAUCAUUCUAAGAUUUAAAGACUCUAGCUCCUGGCUUGGCCUGGAUUAUAAAAAAAAAAAAAAAAAAAGAUUUGUAUUAUGGCAGGAGUAAUUUACUCUUGUUUUUUAAGAAAAGCAAAAGUCAGCUCAUAUUAUUAGAUAUCUGUAUUGGAAAAUACAUUAUUACAGUAUGAAACCAAAAUAUUUAAAUCUGGAACUUAUCAGUCAGCUGUAAUAAUAUUCCACUAAGGCUGAAGAGAAGUCAGUAGUUGGUCAACUGUGUUAUUGACUGUGUCUUAAUUCAGGACUUGAGGUUUUAUACUGAAAUAAGCAUUUCUUUAAAUACACUUGAAAAUGGAAAACAGGUUUAUGAUUUGUAUUUAACUUUUGUCUCAAAGACAGUCUACAUAGACAAAAAAAAAAAAGUAGUUAAGAUAAUCAUUUAGAACUUCAAGUUAUAUAAGUGUAAAAUGGGAUAAUCGGGCACUUUUCUCUUUGGCAGGGCAAUAACUGAAGUGUGUCAGCUCUUUACUAAUCCACUGUGUAAAGCUUUUUCCUUAUUCUGUUUUAUAAACGUAUAGUCUCAGUGUCUUCCACUCUGAAGCAGCAAGGUAAACGGACACGUUCAGUUUAGAUAUUCAAAAUCAGAUAACCCUAAGCAAAACUACUAGCGAGCACUGAGAAGUUUUGUGCAUUUGUAGGAAUAUGAACCUUUUAAAGCUUAACUAAAAAAAAAAAAAAGAAGACUUUGUACUAUAUCGUUAUGUUUUACUAGUUUAAGUGAAAGCUGUUUUAAAAGUUGUCUGGUUUGUGCACAAAGAAUUGAGGGGAUUUCAUGGGAGUGAUGAGAUUUUGUAUAUCUGCAUUAAAUAUUUUUUAAAAGCCUAUUCUUUUCGAACGCUACAGGGGAGUUCUAAUUCCUCACCGCUGUGCAGAAAAGACACAGUGUGCAUACACAGCAUAUCUGGUCCCACCAGUGCCUAAGGUUGAAAAUAUUUUUAAAGUUAAUUUCCAUAACAGUUCAUUUUUGUAAGGUCAAUACUAUGCACAGUACUAUCUACACAUGUGCUGCUAACAAAAAGAUGUUAAAUUAUACAAAGAAACAAGAUAGUGUACUGUUAUUUCUUCUGCAUUUACUACUGGUUCAAGCAGUAUGUUAUCUUCCUUUUUUUUUUGUUUGCAUUGAUUGGGAAAAUAUUGACUUAUUUGAGCAAAUUAAAAUAUUCUCUUAUUAUAUAUAUAUAUAUACACACACACACACACACACACACACACACAUAUAUAUAGUAAAAUGCAGACUAUGUGACUAUCCUGAAAUGAACUUUGGUUCAUGGUACAAUCAUGAAAAGAGUCAGUCACUUCAAACACAGAAGCCAAUUUUCAAAACUGCGAUUGCUUACAAAUAAAGAGAUGAAAGUCA